ACGGCAGCGAUGAACACCGCGAGCUGCUGAAGACGCGCACAACCGAGCGGCGAGCGAGCGGCAGAGCGAGCGGCACGGCGAGCGGCACCGCGCGACCCAGCGCCAUGCUCCAGGCCGCGCGGACACACAGCGCCUGCACUGCCACCGUGUGCGGCCGCUCCGAGGGCUGCUAAAAACGGCGACGAGGCUGCGCAGAGGCGGGCCCCAGCGCUCAGCCAUGGGAUCGGGGCCGGAGGAUACGGCCCACGCUCCGAUCACCGGGAAUCACCGCUGAACGCGACCGACGAUCCGCCUCUCCGCGUCCAACCCGCGCGCCACCCCACGUCCAUGACUGUUGCGGCAGAGGAGCCCCCGCGGUGGAGUCGGCCCGUUCCCGAAAUAUGACCCAGGGAGCCGGGACGUGUUGGCAGCACCAAGAUGUCGACGGCUUCCCGAUCUGGAUAGAGCCCGCGCGCCUGCUCCCCGACCCGCCGCCCGGUGCGCCCCCCGACAGAGGCCGACUGUCCUGGGCUUCCCUCGCGCUGCUGCUCGCGCUGCUCUCUGACCACCUGUGGUUCCGCGCCGAGGCCAAACUGGCGCCGGACAAACUGGCCCGGUCCCCCGGCGGCGUCCCCGGGGUCCCCGGUGUCCCGCUCUACCCCGAGCGCACGCGGGCCGUGUUUUUAGACAACUCCUCCACGCCGCUGUGCGACGGCCCGCGGGACGGCUCCGAGCCGGAGGAGCCGCUCUCUGUCACAGACUCGUUCACGGACUCGUUCACGGACUCGUUCACGUUCGCGGACGUGGACCUUUUGUGUGGGAACGUGUCGGAGCGGAGCGCUCGCGGCUUGUACUUGUCUUUUUGUAGCUCGUAUUCGCUGCUGGACCUGCUCCGCGGCGCGUCGCGUCCGGAUCGCCUCAACUGCAGCCUGCACGCGCUGCACGAGGGCCCCGACGGCACGUGCGGCGCGUGCGUCGCGGCGUAUCAACGCUACGACCUGCACGCGCUCGAGAAGUACGAGGAGUUUGAGGAGCUCGUGCUCAAAUACGAACCGGGACCGUACUCCGUGCGCACGUGCAUGGACCAGUGCAAGAUGGCGUACAAGUGGUGGUUGUGUGCGCAGUUCUUCCCGGACACCUCCCCGUCGUGCGCCCGGACCGUCCCCUGUGGCACCAGCUGCCUCCAGGUCCAACAGAGCUGCCCCUUCAUCCUCCCCGACAACGAAGACCUGAUCCACGGAGGCAGCCCCAGCUUCAUCUGCACAGGUCUGGCGUCGGACUUGGAGGCGCGCUGCUGUGACGUGCGAUGGGCGCCUCCUUCGCCGCUCUCGCCGCCCUCGCCGCCGUCGCCGCCGUCGCCGCCCUCACACGGGACUCGACAAAGGACUGCCUCUCCCUCGUGUCAGCACCAGGGGGCGUGGCCGAGCUCCGCGUCGCCCCGCCCCAAACUCUGCCCCCUGCUGGCGCUCGUCAUCCUGCACUCCGUCCUGCUCCUCUCCCACAACGCCACGCUGCUGUGGGGCGCGGCGGCGGCGACGGCGGCGGCGGCGGACGAGGGACGGGCCAACGACGACUGAAACUCAAACAACACACGGACAAACGCGAACACGAAGAGGCUCCACGGCCGAGCGCUCGCCAGGACGAAGACGAGGACGAGGACGAGGACGAGGAGGAGGAGAGA